UGAGCUGCGAGGACCAUAUGAGACUGAGAGAGUGAAUGGCUUGACCAAGGGAACUUCUCAGCUCCCUCAUUCUCUCUCAAGCCGGUAGUCUCUUCUUCCUCACUCCAAUCUUUUCUUUUUUAAUUAAUUAAAAAGUAAAUUAAUUUCCUUAGGUAUUUGAAAAUUUGACCGUUGGGCUGAUCUAAAUACCUCUCUCUCUCCCUCUCGAAAAAAUAGCCGUUUUCUUCUUCUGGGAUCUCUUCAUCUCGAAGAGUGAAAGUAUCUCCUUCUUCAGUAUCUCUCUCGAAAAGUCUGGUUCUUCUUCUGGGAUCUCUCUCUCGAAGAGUGAAAGUAUUUUCUUCUGGGAUCUCUCCUUCUUCAGUAUCUCUCUCGAAAAGUCUGGUUCUUCUUCUGGGAUCUCUCCCUCGAAAAGUAAAAACAAGAAAGAAGCAUCAGAUAUGGGUGAUGUUUACUUGGAUCACUAUACCAUUCUUGGGUUACCAACUGGCAAGGAAGGUGCUAAGCUCACAGUGGAUGAGAUUAGAAAGGCAUAUAAAACAAUGGCCCUGUUGUUGCACCCUGAUAAAAAUCAACAUGAUUCGAAAGCCACUGCUAAAUUCCUGAGGCUCCAGUCUUCAUAUGAUAUACUCAUGGAUGACAAGACCAGACAACUGUUUGAUGAGCAGCUAAGCAGACAUUUUGAACUUGAUGCCAAGAGACGGAGGAUGGAUUCUGAUUUAGCUAGAUAUAAGGAAGAAGAAGAAGAAGAAGAAGCAAAAGCAAGAGAAGAAGCAAGAAGAGCAAGUACUGAAGCAAUAAUAGCAAAGGCUAGAGAAGACUUAAGAGCAAUAGCUGAAGCAAAGGCUAGAGAGAGAGCAAGACUAGCAAGUACUGAAGCAAUAAUAGCAAAGGCUAGAGAAGACUUAAGAGCAUUAAGAGCAAUAGCUGAAGCAAAUGCUAGAGAGGAAGCAAGAGCAAGAGCUGAAGCAAAGGCUAGACAAGAAUUAAGAGCAGUAGCUGAAGCAAAGGCUAGAGAGGAAGCAAGACUAGCAACAAAAGCAAGAGAAGAAGCUAUAGCAGCAGCGAAAGUCAGAGAAGAAGCAAUAAUAGCAAAGGCUAGAGAAGAAUUAAGAGCAAUAGCUGAAGCAAAGGCGGCUAGAGAGGAAGCAAGACUAGCAACGAAAGCAAGAGAAGAAGCUAGAGCAGCACUAAUAGCAGCUGAAAAAGCAAAAGAAGCAAAAAAAGCAGCCGAAGCCAAAUCACACAGUUCUUUUUCUGCUUAUUAUUAUCCGAGUUCUGAAGUUUCUCUUCUCCAGGAUCAGCUUCUUGAGCUUGUGCAUCUCCUUUUUCCUCCUAGACACCCUUAAUUCUUAACGGUAUAGAACUGAGUAAUAGUUAUAGUUUGCUCAAGUUCUUUUGCUUCUUCCACCUUGUAUCUAUCUUUGUAGUGCAUAUAAUGGCAAUUAACAUAACAAUUGAAAUAGCAAACUUUUAGUACUUCUAAAAC